CUUCUUACAACUAGGAAACAACGAGGCUGCUCUUCGAGAUGCUGAAACAGCUCUUGCUGAAGACAAGGAUUGCGUUCGAGCGCUUUAUCAGAAAGCAGAAGCUCUGUUUUCAAUGGGAAAUUUUGAACAUGCACUGGUGUUCUUCCAUCGAGGACAUAAGAUACGUCCUGAAAUGGAAGGAUUCAGACUUGGUAUCCAGAAAGCUCAAAAGGCGAUUGACAAUUCUGUUGGAAAGGGCGCUGGAGCUAAGCUUGGGUCCAAACGAGGCUCAGCACUAAAGCCGGGAAAAUCAGCUGGCGAACUAACAAGCGAACGCAGCAGUUUAGAUUCCAUUCCAUCAACUGGAAAACAGAAAAAUACCAAAAAAAUACUUGGCGAAUUGUCUGUGGAUAAGAUAUUUCUGGAGAAAUUUCUGAAAAAUAAAGCUCUGGCUCGCACUGCUCAACCUGAAAUAAAGGAGAUUCGGGAACAUGCUCGAAGUGCUUUAGAAUUUCUUGAGUUGAGGCAAGAAUUUUGGCAUCAGCAGAAACCAUUGUAUGCUAGGGGGCAUCACCGUCGUCUUACUCGAGCACGUGCACGUGCAUGUUCUGCUGCUAGCAGAAGAGUAGGUCACAUCAGCCAAAAUGAAAGAUUUGAAAGAACAGAAGAAAAACGGCAACAACAAAAAGAUCAAGAAGAAAGGGUUAAAAUGACUAAUCAAGUGAUGAAAAUGUUGGAAGAAAUAGAUGAUGCUUUAUCUCGUGGGCACUACAAAAAGAGUCUUACUAAAUGCAAUACUCUAAAGAACUUCGUUGACCGAUGUCCAGAGGAACUUCUUCCCAAUAAAACCGAGAUCCUGGCCACAAUCUACAGCGACAUAGGUUGUGCCCACAUGGAACUAGGUGACCACAGAUCAGCCUUGGAGUUUCAUUAUAAAGACUUAGACCUGGGAGAGCAACAUGAUUUAGAAGAAUGCCGAUCUCGGGCUUUGGAUAACAUUGGAAGAACCUACGCUCUAAGCCGUCAGUUUGAUAAAGCCAUCGAAAUAUGGGAGAAGAAGAUUCCCUUGUGUUCUAUCGCCGUUGAGAAGGCGUGGCUGCACCACGAGAUGGGAAGAUGUUAUCUGGAAUUGAACAAUGAGAAAAUGGCGAAAGAACACGGCCAAAGGUCACUAGAGUGUGCAUCCGAAGUGAACGAUGGCGUCUGGCAGUUAAACUCGAGCGUGUUGAUAGGCCAAGCCGAAGUUCUGGGAGGAAACCUACAAGGUGCAGUAGAAGCAUUUAACAUGGCUUUAACAUUUGCCCGAAAACAUAAAGACAGCAGUGCUGAGAGAGCUAUCAAGAUAGUACGAAACAGAAUCCUACGGCAGAUAAAAGAAAAUAAGGAAGCAUCGAGAAUUAGACCUCAAGUUCAAAGAGAAGCAGAGUGGCCAUCUAUCUCGCUGGAGCACAGUAAAGAAGACUCCGGUUUAGAUAGUAUCAUGACGAGUUCAAAUGUCUUCUUACUAGACGCCUGAAACAUAGGAGCGAACCUGUCACCUUGGACAACGUUCUUCUGUAAGUGGUGACUUUACUGAAAGAUAGGAGCGAACCUGUCACCUUGGACAACGUUCUUCUGUAAGUGGUGACUUUACUGAAAGAUAGGAGCGAACCUGUCACCUUGGACAACGUUCUUCUGUAAGUGGUGACUUUACUGAAAGAUAGGAGCGAACCUGUCACCUUGGACAACGUUCUUCUGUAAGUGGUGACUUUACUGAAAGAUAGGAGCGAACCUGUCACUUUGGACAACGU